AUGGAAUUCUCACGGCUGCUCCUCGAGGGUCCUUCGUCAGCCAUUGAGCACCUUCGCGCCUUGUAUGCCAGCCGAGAGCCGCCCUCUCUGCUUGAACCACAAGGGGAGCUCGUGCUUGCCAUGUCGGAUCUCGCACAUGAGCUACGCAUUCCACAGAUAGGGUUGGACGGAGUGCAGCCCCAGACUGCAGACGCGAAGGUUCUGCUUGGCGGCGAGCUGUGGCGGGCGUGCAUAUCGAGUGAAUUGAUCAUCCUUCUCCUGGAGAUGAUCAAGGAGCCCUCCUUCUCCAAGCAACCCACGAUUUGGAUUGUCAAUGUCCUGACCUGCCUGGCCGGACUUCUCUCCGCAUGGUGUAUAUGCGCGGAGCCCUCGCAGCAAGCCGUCCUAGCCGAUUCCGUGGUGCCGAAUCAGAGGCAACUCCAUCUCAUGUUUGCAUUGCUUCGUCCUACGUGGAAGAACCUGUGGACCCAUAUCGGCGACUUCCUCUCCCCGAGAUGCAACGUAGCUGGCGCGCCCGGGAUUGUACUUGGUCUGCUGGUCAGCAUAUCCGGGGACAUGCAGAUCUUAUGCGAUUGGUAUCGGGACAGCAUCGCAUCUACGGAGCAAGGGGAGCGGGAGCUUCUGGAUGUCGACUUCAUCCCGGUGAUCGUCUUUGCAUGGACCCACGCCGUUUUGCGCGGCGGACGCGGUAAUACGAAAUUCCGUGAUGUUCCUACACUGUUGCAGGAACAUAGGACGUUCGUCGCCAGAUUCAAUGAGUCUCACCCCCCGGUUCCCGGCGAUAGCCUAGCGACGAUCCGUUGGAAUGCGAAAUUUGACGCAGUCUUCUCUCGUCUCGAUCCCUUGAAGAUCAUGGAAGCAUUCCGACUUGUACUUGAGAGGUGCGCGUGGUUGGUCGAUGAAUACUUGGUGUCGCACAUGCGGGAACUCUACCUCUUGUUAUCUCCGGACCUAGACCACCAUAUUGCGCUUCGGAGAGCCUUCUGGGCGCAACCGAUGUUGGCUGCUCUUCACGCGAUAAUUGUACGCGAAGCCAAGCGUAUCAUUGCGAAGUACCAAGGCGCGGCGCAUUGGCUUGCUGGGUGUAAGUGCUGCUGCGACCUGCUGGGUGUCGUGGGCGAAGGCGCCGCGAGGGGUCUCUGCUCGUCCAUCAAUGGCCGCCAUGCGGGAUUCUUACUUGGGAACUUCUGCACCGCUAGCAUCAAUGGCGUACCCGCUCCAUUUGCCAGCGAGGAGCAAUAUGAAACCUUGGAUGAGCUCCGCACAUCCCUACGCGUUACAAUGGCGCGUUGGUGUGAAGCCGUCGAGCCGAGCACAAACGACGUCGAGUCAUCGUCUGACGUCAACCGCACGUCGAUCAAGUUCGGACUAUACAGCUGGGCAAGAGGGGCCUGGUAUGCCACAUUGGAGUCUCUGCGAGACUUGAAGGAGAAACGAGAUGAGAAUGAGCAUUCGCCGCGCGUGAUCCAGUGCUGGCUCGACCUAGGGAAUGCACUUCGCCUGGACGAGCAUGCAGAGCGGAUACGGUAUCAGGAGACGCGUGCUCGUCUGUGCUCGUGGAGCGCGUGCGUGUAUCAUGAGGAGCACGCGCAGGGUGCGCUGGCGCUAUGCAAAGGAUGCGGUGAGGCACGGUACUGCUCGCGAGCAUGCCAGCGCAGGGACUGGAAGGAAGGUGGUCAUAAAGCGAAGUGUCGCCGGGUCAAAUCGUGA